AUGGAAUCAAAACUAAAUGAAAAUUGUACCCCAGGUGGUGAACCGGCCAAGCCGGGGAAUCCACUCUCCGCGGAGACAGGCCCCACGGAUUCUGGGGGGGGCCAUUCAUCAGUCAAUCAACAACCGAGCCAAAAGCUCAAUAGCAAAGAUAAGCAACUUGCAGGGACUCUGCAAGAGAAACUAAUUGCCUCAGCGUCCAGCCAGACGUCCACUGGAAGCGAAGCAACGGAGGAAGAGGCAAACGCUCGAUUCUAUAAGUAUCUUCAACAAAUAUAUGCGACGUCUAAAGAAUUGGAUGCAGAAGUGGCCUCCACUCCCAACACCAAAAAAGAGAUUAAGAAGAUGAUAGUAGAUCUGGCGCAUGGUGUAAAAGGGCUUAUCACAUGGGGAAGGCUCACUGGAAGAGUAAGACCCGUCGUUAACACCAGGGGUAAUCAAACUGAACCGCCGGCGACCCGCGAAAAAUCAGUACAAGCCGAUUUCGAUGCUCCGAACAGAGAAGUGGGUGAAGUGGCAAAAACCACUGUUGCAACAGACGUGGCCGUGCCGGCGUUGGAGGAGACGCGUUCUGCAAUUAACGAACUCCGAGUGCUGAUGGAAAAACAGGGUGAAGCACUGGGGGAGCUGACAAAACAAGUACAGCAGCAACAUCGACGGAACCCCUACGACGGCGGUAGGAGAGGCGCACCCACAAGAAACUCGCAAAAAAACGAAGACAAACCAACAGAACAAUACGAUGCGGCGGAAAACGAUAACAUUUCUCUACAACUAGAAGUGGACCGAACCGAAGGCCCUCGAGACGAUAGUGGUUGGAAAACGGUCCAAAAGAAAUAUACAAAACGUCCAAGAAGCCCCCGAAAUGAAAAACGGGAAGAAGUACGUACCAGAAACAGAUCAGACGUCGUAAUUGUUCAAACAAAGCCAGAAAACUACUCGGAGGUUCUAAAGAAAAUUAAAAGUGGUGUAAACAUGGAGGCAAUCGGAAACAAAAUCUCCGCCCUGCGACAAACAAGAUCAGGAGGAAUACUGAUUCAAGUCUCUGGUGGGUCCCCUGCAGCUGAUGUAGUGCGGGCAGAAGUCUCGAAAAUAGUUGAAACGGACACCGUGAUAAGGACACCUAAGCAACAAUCACUUGUCGAGUUCCGAGGCCUAGACUCCCUCACAAAUAUUGACGAACUUGUCGCAGAAAUAGUCCUAAACGCUGACACCCCACGGGAGGCGGUAAAAGUUCUCAACAUGGAAACACAAUCCGCAUUGGUUCUUAUGCCUUGGGAUAAUGCGGCGAAGAUAACCAAAAUCGGACGAAUACGUGUAGGUUUGGUGUACUGUAACACCAGAUUAUGCAAAAAACGAAAACGUUGUUUCCGAUGCCUAAAAUUUGGACACGAGGCUAGCACGUGUUCAGGCUUAGACAAAAGCAACUGUUGCAGACGUUGUGGAGUUCCUGACCACCUAGCAGUCGACUGUAAGGCGAGCAAAGAGGCAGCGGCUGACUUCAGACGCUCCUUAACACAAGAUCCCCAACCUUCAAAAUGA